GGCGGUGCCGCGGUGGUUCCCUUCCCGGCGGAAUCACAUCAAAACCCUCGCCUUCCCAUCCCCCGCUCCCGUACCGAAUUCCGAUGACGGCCGCCGGCGACGACGGCCUCGCUGCGCUGCGCGAGCAGGUCGCCCUCGCCUCCUCCGCCGCCGUUUCCGCCCGCGACCUCGACCACGCCUUUCAGCUCCAGCUCGACGAAGCCAUCCAAGCCUCCCUUGCCUCUCCCAAUGCGGCCACAUCCUCUUGGACGCAAGCCGCCCCCACGCUCCCCGAGCCUUCCUCCGACGUCGCCUACGCUCUCGAGCUCCAGGCCACCGAACUUGCGCUCGCCGAGCAGGACCGCCGGGACGCCCUCGCCUGCCGCGCUGCCCACUCCCAAGCUGCAGCCUCCGUCCGCAUCGCCGCGCACGACGCCCUCUUCGCGCGCGAGCUCGCCGCCAUCCCGGAGGAUCGCUGGGCCCACGACGGCGACUACUUCGAGCGCCCCCUGGAGCUAGCCUCGUCCCUGUCCAGCCCGCUCUUCAGCGUCUUCUUCAAGGGCAUGGUGAGCAGCGAGGCGGUGGGGCCGAGGGACCGGGACCCCGGCUUGGCGGUGCUGGCGGUGGCCUUGUGCGGGCCGCAGGGGAACGUCGUGCUCAGGAUACAGAAGCCGGUGGAGGAGGUGUUUGCGGGCGACGGCGAGGUGCUGGAGGUGAUGGCGCUGCUGGAGGGCCUCCAGGCGGCGCUGGAGCUGGACAUCCGCAACGUCAAGGUCCUCACCGAUCACAAGACGCUGCACAACCAUAUGCUUGGGAUUUGGCGUCCAUCAGGGAAGAAGCUAGCAGAUAUUGUCAAUCAGGUCCUGACAGUCCGGAGGAAAUUCGAGCUAUGUGAAAUCUCACUUGUUGAGCCUAACCAAGUCAGUUAUGUGGUCAAAUUAGCAAGAGAUUCAAUAGCUGUUCAGAUUGCCAAAGCUCUUGCUGUCAAUGCCAGCAACGAAAAAAGAGAGACCUGCACUAUCUGCUUGGAAGACGCUGACAUUACAAAAAUUCAUGCAGUUGAAGGUUGUGCACAUCGGUUUUGCUUCUCCUGCAUGAAGGAGCACGUGAAAGUUAAGCUACUCCAUGGAAUGCUCCCAUCUUGCCCACAAGAUGGUUGCACCACAAAGCUAAGUGUGGAAGGAUCAAAGGCAUUCCUAUCACCACUGCUGUUGGAGAUUAUGGUGCAACGAGUCAGGGAAGAACAGAUCGUACCGAGUCAAAAGAUUUAUUGCCCAUACCCCAAGUGUUCAGCCUUGAUGUCCUUGAGUGAAGUAAUCCAUCCAAUGCAAGAAUCCUGUUCGAAGUACACAUUUGCUGCUGCUGCCACGUUGAGGAAGUGUGUCAAAUGCAGAGGCUCUUUCUGCAUGAGUUGUAUGGUCCCAUGGCAUGACAUGAUGAGUUGCGAUGAGUACAAGACACAUUACACCCAUGCUCAUCCAGAAGAUACAAGGUUAGAGAGCCUUGCAAAGACACAUUUGUGGCGGCAAUGUGUCAAAUGCAGGCACAUGAUUGAGCUUGCAGAGGGUUGCUACCACAUAACCUGUGUGUGCGGCCAUGAAUUCUGCUACACUUGUGGGAAAGAAUGGAAGGAGAAGAAGGCAACCUGCUCAUGCUUGCUGUGGGACGAACGCAAUAUCAUCACAGCUCAGAGAUGAUUGCAUAGGUUUACUAGGCUGCAGAAGGAUGAUUUGAUUAGUCUCAUUUUGGUGAUGGAGGGUGUCCUAGCUGGAGAAAUUUGGGUUACUGGAACUACCGCCCAUUUUGCAGGGGGUUUAAGUACUAGAAACUGUCAAGUUAUUAAUUGAGUUAGUAGUAUAUAUGUAAGCAGUCAACUACUUGCAUGCGGUAGACGAGCAGGACCUCGACCGUAAUGUUUGGUUGUUUUAGUUGCGUCGACUGAGCAGAAUACAUUGGGAUGAUGGCAUACGUGCUUUACUGUUUUAAACUACUAGUAUAUGUUAAGAAAUGACUGAUCUUCA